AUGGUUGGAGAGGACCAGCAAGUCUUCAAGCACUUGAAAUUUUAUUUCUUCCCAAACACUGAAGCGAAUCCUGCCCGACGCAUGCGCAUUACCAAAGCUCGCCAGUUCGGAGCAACAAGAAUCGAAGAGUGGAACAAUGAUAGCGUUACCCAUGUGAUCAUGGAUCAAGCAUUUACAUUGGAACAGCUUCUCAAGUUUCUACGGAUCGAUCAGGUUCCCUCAAAUGUCAUAUUGGUCAACGAGAACUACCCAGCGGAUUGCGUUGCACAUCUCACUCUGCUUGAUCCUACGUGGCCACAGUUUGCAGUCAAGGGCGUCGAACCUGCACCGGCGAAGCAAGGGAUACCUGCCGUCGUACCUCAACCACAGCACAAAUCACCAGAGUUGAAGCCGCCUGCUCGAGCUUCGAAGCGGAAAUCGCAAGCAACGCCAGAUGAAAGAGAGCAUAUCGCCGGCACCACGUCGCCAGUCACUUUGCCUCAGGUCGAUGCAGAAGAGGGUCCCGGCGUUUCGAGCACUACGAUAUCUAGCAGUGAAGAGUUCGACAAAGCGAUUGCGACCGCCAAGGCACUUGCUCAUGUUUCCCUUGAUGAGGAAGAAGACGCCGACAGCCGCCGCGAUAGCAUCGACGGCACCACGUCCGGCGACGACCAUGACGAAGCGGAAGCGGAAGUACCAGCGGAGGAGUCCUCAGGAUUGAAGCUGCUCAAUCAGAGAAAGACCAAGUAUCAACGGUACCAGGACAAGUUUCAGUGCAUGCAGAAAAACACAGGCGAAAAGAAAGGUUCGCCUAACCUCGCGACCAUCGAGAUCCUGGAACAGAUGGUCAAGUAUUACACCGACACAAGAGACGAGUGGCGCUCGCGUGCCUACAGACAAGCUAUAUCGGUACUACGGAAGCAUCCGACGAAAGUCAUGACGAAGGAAGAGGCACUAAAGCUACCCAAGGUUGGCGAGCGUCUUGCUGCGAAGAUCGAAGAGAUUGCAGUCACGAAUAGGCUUCGUAGGCUGGACAAUGCUUUGGCUGAGCCGUCUGACGCUAUCCUGCAGACGUUUAUGGGGGUGUAUGGUGCUGGUCGGGUGGUUGCCACGAAGUGGGUGGACCAAGGAUAUACCACACUCGACGAGCUGAGCAAGAAUCCCGACUUGACCACAAAUCAACGGAUCGGGCUGGAACACUACGAGGACUUCCAGACUCGCAUUCCUCGCGCUGAGGUAGCGCAACAUGGUGAGGUCGUGCUCAAAGCCUUGCACAAAAUCGAUCCGACAUUUGAAGUCAUCAUUGGAGGUUCGUAUCGACGUGGUGCGAAAGACUCGGGCGAUAUCGACUGCAUCAUUACUCGCCCGAACACGGACAGUACGCAUCUCCGCGCCGUGGUGCUGGAACAGUUGAUCCCUCAACUCGAGUCCAAGAAGUUUCUCGUCGCUAGCCUCGCCGCGACAGACAAAGACGACGGAAGCAAAUGGCACGGCGCAUCGUGUCUUCCCGGCGCAACAAUCUGGCGUCGCAUCGAUCUGCUUCUCGUGCCUUCGGAUGAGCUCGGCGCGGCUCUGAUCUACUUCACGGGUAACGACAUCUUCAAUCGGUCGAUGAGAUUGCUCGCCAGCACGAAGGGUAUGCGAUUGAAUCAGAGAGGGUUGUACAAGGAUACGAUGCGAGGACCAAAAAGGGUCAAGAUCACGGAGGGGACCUUGGCUGAAGGAAAAGACGAGAAGCGCAUCUUUGAGAUUCUCGGUGUACCAUGGCGGCCGCCUCAUCACAGGAUAUGCUGA